UCCACCAUGGCCGAGCCGCUGCUGAAGAGAACCUUCUCCCGGCUGAGAGGCAAAGACAGAGCGAGACGGAAGACGGAGCCCAAACUCAGCGAUGUUCCAGUCAAGCCUGACCCGGCCCCGCAGACCUCUUCAUCAUCACCAUCAUCGUCAUCAUCACCGUCGGCAACGAGGACGACGGCAGCCGCGGACCCUGAGCCCCCCUCGCCCCCCCGCAACCACAUCACAGUAGCCAAGAAGCAGCAGUGGGCUCGACAGGGUUCAGGCCCCCCGACCAGCACCCUGCCCUCAGGCCCCUGAUCUAACACCUGCUUCUCGUUCUGUUCCCAGACGGAGCAGCGGGGCGACAGGACAGGCAUCAGUCAUACCUCCAGUGUUCCUGUCAGUUCUUCAGUACAGCAGGACGCCCCCCAGCCAGCAGGGGUCUCCAUUGAGGCACCGACCACCUCCACCAGCACCAAGUUCUCCGGUCAGCAUUCCUACCUGCAGAGUCUGGACCGCAGCAGCCGAGCCUGGGUACUGUCAUCAGGAAAGUCUCAGGCUUCAGACGAGGCCUGUGGGCUGCAGGAGGAGAGCAGCAGCAACAUCUGGUACAACCCGAUCCCUGAGGAGGAGGACGCAGCGGGGCCACGCAGAGAGGAGGUGUGGAGGAGGAGGGACGACCAGGAGGAGGGAGGAUCAUCUACCCGAGCAGAGAGGGCAGGGGUGCGGGUUGAACCAGCAGACGGUCGAAGUAAUGUCGGUCCACUGGAGAGCACCAAUCCCAGCGUCAGUCACCAUAUUGAUGACAUCACGGCAGAAAGCACAGACCCCGCCCCCUCGGAUUCCAGCCCCGCCUCCCAGAAGAAAGGGGGCGUGUCCGGCAGCGUGAUGGACAGGCUGAGGUCUCCAGGUACAGUGAGGAAGCUCUCCCUAAAGAUGAAGAAACUUCCCGAGCUGCGACGCAAACUCAGCCUUCGCUCUUCGUCUCGCGCCAGUCGCCAGGGAAACGACGCCAGAGGGGGCGGGGAUGAGUCGACCAGUAAGAAUACAACGUCUGCGCUGUCCAACCAGAACGUGAUCAGCAGAUAUCACCUCGAUAGCUCCACCCCUCCGGCCCGACCACUGCGACGAUCCUCCAGAGGACGCUCCGCCAGUAAAGGAGGUUAUCUCAGUGAUGGAGACUCACCUGAACUGCUGCCACGGCAACAGGCUCCUCCUCCUGCGACCUCCCAGGAAACGGCAUGUGACAUCAGUUCGUUCCAGCUGUACGUCGGCUCUGACCCGCCGCGAGGAAGCCAACGCGUGACGGGAUUACUGACCGUCCAUCUGCUGGGUCUGGAGGAGAUGAAGACCAGCAGGUCGGAGGGCAGUAAGGAAGUCUUCCUGGCCAUCCAGAUCGACGGCGUGACCAGAGCGAGGACCGCCCUGCUGACCCUGCGAGGCCCCUCCCUCCCGUUAAACCACGCCUUCCACCUGGAGCUGGAGCGAGCGCGGCAGCUACGCAUCAUCGUGCUCACACCAGCCAAUCCGCAGGCAGUGGGCGGGGCUAAGCCUGAGACCGACCCGGGUCAGACUUCAGGCCGUCCAACCAGAAACAGAGUCUGCUGUCUGGGCGGAGUCUCCAUCCCUCCUCUAUUUAAAGGGAGUCGCAGCCAGCAGCUCUGUGUGAAGUUGGAGCCCAGAGGUCUCCUUUAUGUCAAACUGUUGCUGCAGGAAAAAUGGGACACACAGCCCAGCCAUGACACAUCAGCACCAGCUAAUGUGUUUGGGGUUGAGCUGCACCACCUGGUGGAGAAAGAAGGAUCUACAUCUCCGAUCCCUCUGCUGAUCCAGAAGAGUGUGGCAGAGAUAGAACGACGAGGCCUGAAGGUGGUGGGUCUGUACAGACUUUGUGGUUCUGCUGCAGUGAAGAAGGAGCUCAGGGAUUGGUUUGAGAGGAACAGUUCGGCUGUCUGCCUCAGUGAGGACCUGUACCCCGACAUCAACGUCAUUACAGGUAUACUGAAGGACUACCUGCGAGAGCUGCCGUCUCCGCUCAUCACCAGGACCCUGUACCAGGUGGUCAGGGAGGCCAUGACGCUACGACCCCCACCUGCAACCCCCGAUCCUCAGCUGGCUCAGAGCACCGUGGAGCUGCUGUCCUGCCUGCCACCACCAGAGAGGGCCACUCUGUCUCUCCUGCUCGACCACCUCAGCACGGUCGCCUCCCUCAGCUCGUCCAACAGGAUGACGCACCAGAACCUCGCUGUCUGCUUCGGCCCGGUCCUCCUCACCCCAACCCAGGAGGCCUGGAGGGGAGGAGGAGGAGGAGGAGGAGGAGGAGGGGGAGGAGGGGGAGGAAGGGCAGGAAGAGGAGGAGGGAAGGGUUUCGGUCACGGUGAAGAGAUCGCGAGUGCAGUGGAUUUCAAACGUCACAUCGAGGCGUUGCACUACCUGCUGCAGCUGUGGCCAGUGCCGACCCAGCGAGUCACAGCAGACCUCCGUAUUGACGUCUCCCCACCACCCUCCCCCACCCUUACCCAUAAGCCCCUGGGCCAACAGCAGCAGCAGCAGCAGCAACGGCGUCCUGUCCUGCGAUUGGCUCUGCCCCAGAACCCCGAGGAGGUGGUGGUGUCACGUCGCGGGCGAGGCGGUCUAGCCCGGCUGGAGAGUCCACCGCCGAUUAACCGGUACGCCGGAGACUGGAGCAUCUGUGGACGAGACCUUCUGUCUGGACAGGAGGCGGAUUACGACGAGGUGGCAGGAAGUGAGAGCGAUGGAGGCAGCGGGGAUGAAGAGGAGGAGGAGAAGAAGGAGGCGUGGCUGUCAGGAGGAGGAGGAGGAGGAGGGCUCUACGUGGACGACUUUAUGGAUUUUGACGCUCCGUUUAACUGUCGACUCAGCCUGAAGGACUUCGACACUCUAAUCCACGACCUGGACCGAGAGCUGGCCAAACAGAUCAACAUCUGUCUGUAG